GUUAUCUCUUCAAUUUAUAUCUGUGACAUUGGGGACAAAAAUUUUUGUCUCAUAUGUGGUGGUUCAGCCCCAUGUGAGUCAGACCUGCAUAUUUUGCAGUGUGAAGAAGUAUCAGACAGCCAGUUUAAAGCACAUCAUUCUCAGUAGUGUGACCCUGUAAAUAACACUGUUUUUCUUUAUCUUUCCUUUUAGUUUGGGCCAUUGCAGUGUCAGCAACGAUCAGAAGAAAAUGCAAAAAUUCAUCUCAAUAGCUUGGAACGCAUGGGAAAUUUUUAUAUCCGAAAGGAGGCCUGGCUGGAAGUGUCAGAUGCAGCUUUUUACCGUUUGCUCUGCAGUUGGCUUUCUCUCCAGCUUUCUAUUUUUCCUUAGCAUGCACUUCUCCUUGGCACACCACUCUUUGGGGCCCUUACUGAUUUCUGGAUUAAUCUGGAUUUUGCUUUCUAUCGUGCUCUUCUGUUUCAAGCACCUGCGCUGUUUUAUUGUUCUGUUCCUCCUUUCUUGUGGACUGAAAAACGGCAGGGAUGCUCUUAUUACUGCUGGCACAGGUGUUGUGGUGGCCAACAACAUUCAAAAUAUUUUUCAUAAUCUAAAGGUUCUGGCAGACAGUAUAACCUGUCAUUUAAAGCAAGAACAAUUUGCUUUGAUAAAAUAUUAUGUUGAGGCAGUAAAAUGGAUUUAUGAGGUGGCUAAGCUUCCUGCUGAGCUACCUAAAGAUCUAGUGGUCCUAAAGCACAAAUUCACACCAUCUUAUUCAAUUUCAGAUGAUGCAUUGAAACAAGAGCUAAAUGACACCGAGCAAGAAAUCCAGAGAACUGCUAACCAGAUAUCUUUUAUGUUGACAAUACUGCCCUAUAUAGGUCAGAAAGUAUUGCCUAUAUUUGGGGUUUUUCUAGUUUCUUUUGGAACUGGCCUCUUUAUCAAAAAAUUUCUGGGCUCUCAUAGUACCAAAUUUAAGAAUACUUAUAUCACAAAACGGUUCAUUGCAUUUGAUGAGCACCAAAAGCAACAGCAAAGACCUUGUGUUCUGCCACUUAACAGAAAAGAGAGAAAAGAGUACGUGACAAUUCCAUCCUUCUUCUUCACAAGGAAGGACAGGAAAAAAAUGCUGUGUUCCUUUCUCCCUGUAAUUAUUCAUCUUUGCAUCUGGCUUCUGUUUGGUGCAGUAGACUCUUUGUUUUAUUUGUUAAUUAUUUCUGUGAACAAAUAUCUCCAAGAAGUACCGGAUCUAGACAUUCGACUCAGUCUCCUUCAGAAUAAGAAUGAGAAAAGCUAUAUCAUUUCUAUGAAAGAGCAUAUUGAAAAGACUGAUUCUUUCAAGAUCCCUUUGUUUAAGCGUAACUGCAUCCCUCAUCCAGAGCUCGCUCUCUCCACAACAUGGAUUCAGCUUGGAGUCAUCAUCUUCUUCUUAAUAAUUUUUGGGUUAUUCUCUGGCCUCCUGACCCAGCUUAAAAUACUCGUGUCAACUUCCUUUUAUCCUGAUAUGGAGAUGAAACGGAUACAUUAUUUACAUGCAAAAUUACUCAAAAAAAGAGCAAAGCUACAAGAGAAAACAGGGAAGAACAUGUUUGCAAGAACGGUCAACUUUUGGUUUCCAAUACUUAAGGCAAGAGAGGCAGUGAGGAAGAAAGAAAGGAGUGUAGCAGAAUGACAGGAUGAGGUGAAAAAGACCAAGUAAAUCUUUGGAUAUGGCUGAGAUGCUUUUGCUCCACCUAUGUUUUGCACCAUCUUUCCUAUGGAAUGUCAAUUCUAAAAUAUAAAAAUCUCACACUCAAAGGCUGAGCAGCAGUAUUUUGGAAAAUAUGCCAUUGUGGAUAAGGUGCAAUUCACCACAGAUUUCUCUGGAUUGCAUUAACAGUUGUUUUUCAACUUGGGAUUUAUGUUACCUGGUACUUGAGAAAAUCAUGGAUGAUCUGCUCUUCUGUCUGAAAGCCAUAAAACAGUUUGGAGAUUUUAGGACUAUGGCAGAAAGCUCUUUGGAACGAACUGACAGAGGAUGUAAUGGCAGCAGCAGGUUUGUCUUCUUCAUGUUUGCCAGACACUGAAGAUAGAAGACCCAGCAGAGGCUGUCCUUUGCUUUCUGGAAUGGCCAAGAACUGGGACUUAUAUGUUUCUAGACAUUUUUAUCUAUUUCUCAAGCCCUUCAUCCUGGAUCUUUGCCAUCCCUGGCUUCUAGUCUCCUACCUAGUCUCCCACCCAGAAUUCCUUACUUGGUCUUAGUCUCCCACUUCCACAUAUCCAUAGACUGUAUCACUAGUGCAGAUUGUAUGAUACCUUUGAUAAUCACAAGAGAGGUCAUAUAACAGGUAGAAGUGGGAAUGGUCAUAAGAGCUAGAAUAGAGAGGAAUCAGAUGCUGUGGGUACAAACAAGGUGUCUUUAAAGGAUGGGGCAUGUAAGUAGAGGUGAACAAUGUUUCAAACCUUGCAGGCUGUGGAAGCUUGCAGAAGGGACAAAAAUGGGCUUAAUUAUGUUGCAUAAGCACCAUUGAUUUCAGUGAAAUAAAAUUGAGCUGAUACUGAAGUGCUUCACCUAUUCAACCAACAUCGGUGAUGUGACCUCCAUAUGAUACAAGAACAAAUGCAAAAUGCCUAAAGACAUAGGAAUGACUUAUGUAGCUUUAGAGAUUUAAUGUAGAGCUAAAAAAUGUACCCAACAGGCAGUGUAUUUCUGAUUUUCAGCCACAGCCAACUUCUUUUUUUAGUCUGGAUAAUAGGAAAUUCUGCUCUCUUCCUCUAUAAUACAUG